UUUUACCGCUUAUUUUAUACGUAAAGAUUAUUUUAUUGUCCAAUCAGAAAGCAUUUUCAUUAUAAAAAACACAAAAAAUUUUUUAUUUUACAAUAUUUCGUUACCAUAUUAUCGUACUGGGCAUUGCUUUCUGCUCUGUGUUCUGUUGUAACUAACUUAGCUGAUAUAUCAAGAAAUUAUUGCACAUACAAAAAUGCCUUUAUCUGACUACACGAACUUAAUAAAUAAUGUAAAUACAAAUGAUAAUAAUUUAACUCCAAAAGCUAAGUUGGCUGCCCAACUAUACAAACAAAAUCAACAACCAAUGCAGCAUUUGUCCGAAGAGAUAAAAAAAGCAAAACCUCAUGUGACAACAAAUGAAAAUUGCGAUGAACCAUUAUUAAGAGAAAAUCCCCGAAGGUUUGUUUUAUUUCCAAUUCAAUAUAAAGAUAUAUGGAAAAUGUACAAGCAAGCUGAAGCCUCGUUUUGGACAGUUGAAGAAGUUGAUUUGGCUGCUGAUGCAGUUCAUUGGGAAGAAAAGCUGAAGCCUCAGGAAAAGUAUUUUAUCUCUCAUGUUCUUGCAUUCUUUGCUGCUAGCGAUGGAAUUGUUAAUGAAAACCUUGUUGAGUGCUUCAGUCAAGAAGUUCAACUACCAGAAGCAAGAGCAUUUUAUGGGUUUCAAAUUGCAAUUGAAAACAUCCACUCAGAAAUGUAUUCUUUACUCAUUGAUACUCUCAUUAAAGAUCCGAUAGAAAAGUCAAAUUUAUUUAAUGCAAUUGAAACCAUGCCCUGUGUUCAAAAAAAAGCAGUUUGGGCACUAAAAUGGAUUAACAAAGAUUGUGCUUCUUUCUCUGAACGUGUUGUUGCAUUUGCUGCAGUGGAAGGAAUUUUUUUUUCAGGAUCUUUUGCAGCUAUAUUUUGGCUUAAAAAAAGAAACCUUUUACCUGGAGUAACUUUCUCAAAUGAAUUGAUCAGUAGAGAUGAGGGUUUACAUUGUGACUUUGCAUGUCUUAUGUAUAAACAUAUUGUAAACAAGCCUUCUGAAGAACGAGUAAAACAAAUUAUUCGAGAUGCUGUAGCUAUUGAAAUUGAGUUUUUGACUGAGUCUUUACCCUGUGAUCUUUUAGGAAUGAAUAAAAGUCUUAUGAAAACAUAUAUUGAAUUUUGUGCUGAUAGAUUAAUAAAUGCUCUUGGUUAUUCAAAGGAAUGGAAUGUUGAGAAUCCUUUUGAUUUUAUGGAGAAUAUAUCAUUAGCAAGGAAGGCAAAUUUCUUUGAAAGUCGUGUGUCAGAUUACCAAAAGGCAGGUGUCAUGGACUCAAUCAAUACAAUGACAAAUAAAAAUCUUAAGUUUUCUGAUCUAGAUGAUUUAGAUUUUUAACUCAUA